UGAAGUCAAGUCAUUCACGGUGGCAAAGAUUUAUCAUGUCAACAUCUCGAGAUUUGUAACGCGACGCGACGACCGUAUGACGAUGAUGUGCUAAAGGAACACAAGAGAAAGAAGAAGAGGGUGGGAGCGGGAUAGCGGGACCUACUGUAGUUUCGCACUACAGCAUCCAUCUUCCUUUACCUCCAUGUUUUUAGUUCGGACAGCGGAGUUUGGGUGCAGUCGGCGAUACGGAACCUGGCAGGGGGUACGCCCGGGGGUGGAUGAUAAGUCUCUGUAGGUCGGUUGGUAUCAACACUAGGCACGGAGUACGUAUGGACUAUGGAGUAGCACAUCAUUGAGAUGAGACGGCAGAUCAAGGCCGCGAGUUUCCAUGGGAUCGUGAAAGCAUAAAGAGGACGGUUCCCUCGCUCCAAAUAGGAAUUCCCUUUUCUGUUCUCUAACCAAAACAACAAGCCUCGAUUCUAUCUUCCUUUCAAGUACAACGAUCCAGCUGUCUCGCCCACCUCAGCUACAUCUAUAUCUCACUAUCAACAACAACACUCUACAGUUCAACUCUUCUCUACAACAUUCACAAUGUCUGCUCUUCCUCCUCAGAAGUUCCUCCCUCUCACCCCGGCUCCCAAGUCUUCUUUCCUCUCCCUCGCCCCAGCCACUUCUCCCUCAUACCCUCAGAAGCCCGCUGUCCGCUCUCACACUCGUCCCUCUCCUCCUCGACGAGCCUCGACUGAGUCCUCCAGCUCCAGCUCCAGCUCCAACAACAGCUACCGCAUCCUCAAGCUUGGACCUGUUCACUACGGCGAGCAUGCAGAUGAGCACAAGACCGACUUUCAUGAUGUUAUCCUUCACUAAAGUCACGGUAACCUUUGUGAAUGGCGUGCUUUUGUGAGGAGGUGUGAAAUUAUGACAGCGCAAGCGAUGAUUUUUUAUUCAUUUCGAUUUUCAUGAAUAUGACACAACCAACAAAACUUACGGGAUACCACUUUGAUUGACAAUUUUGGAUCAUAAAAUGAAAAAAAAAAACAAGGCUAAAAAAGAAAACGAAACGGAAAAAAGCAAAAGGUGAACAAAAGGUCCCCCCAACUGUGAAAAGAUGGGGGGUGGGCAUCUUCAGCUUCGGUUGAAUGGAACAAGAGAAUCAAACGGGAUUAGGAUUGAGGUGGGCGGCUUUGGUCUGGAUCCUGUGAAAGCAAGAGUCUUGAAAGGCUGAAAAAAUUGAAGCAGAGGUUUAUGCUGUUUUGCAUUUCCUUAUUAUCAUCUUCUCUCUCUCAUUAUCUAUCUAUCACUGAGAAAGAAAGGGAAAAAAAAGAGUGGAAUUAUUAGGGAGGAGGACUUUACUGUCUCUAUUCCCUGGGAGCUGGAAACAUCUUGGCCUACAGUAGCACUAUUGAUAGCGGCAAAUCAUGAUUCCAGUCCUUUCCGGAUAAAGCAAAGAGUGUCGAAUCUGCAACCAGAAGGGUCCCUGAGUGACGAUGAUCAGAUAUCCAUAGCCCAUGGGCAUUUCGGCAUUGAGACCGUGUGUCAUGGAUAGAAAUGCGGUGCGGUGUGGGCGGUAAGCCAAUGUGAGAUUGACAGAUUUGUAAGGCUGUCCUAUCAGUUAGCGUAGUUGCAACACGGGUCUCCUUCAGUCAAUCAUUGAUCUUCGGUCUUAUUAUUUGACAUAGAUAGCAAGUGUGUGAAUCAAUGAGUUGUCUUUUCACUUCCUGUCCAUCCAUGAUCUGGAAAGGUUUGCUCAUACAUACACGCACAUGCAAUGUCUGCACACCCAUAGACUCAGCCUUUCAGAUAUUACCGGCAUUUCAUUGAUUCUAGACCGAUCAUGUGCAAAUGCACAGAAAAGAUAGUCGAGAUAGCGUAGCAUUACCGCGCCGCGUCUCGCAUUGCAUUACAUGGAAACCGGCCCAAAAAGAAAAAAAGAAAAGAACGUGCCAUCAAUAGCCGGAGCCUGCCGCCCGCGCAGACUUGCUAUAUCCGGCAUAAAGACUCUUAACCAUGAUCUGUUUAUACACGACCCAAUCAGAUUCUCCUAGUUUUUGUCCAGGCUCUCGGUAGACUCAGGGCCCGGGGUAGCAGUUUCGGGAGGUGGCCGAGAAACCUGCAUGACGUCCACUGAAUUUUUCACUUUUUCCUUGUUUAUUAAUUUUGUCGGUAUUUCCUGUCAAAAUCCCACUGUUUUAUAACAGUGCACAGCAUUACAUUAUGUUGCCGAUCAUGGGCGCGGAGAGCAUGACCGGCUUUUUAAGUUAGUCAAGCGCUUACACAGCAUUAUUUGCGUCAGAGAUAAGAAAGGGCAAAAGGAAGAUGGUUGUUUCUUCUAAAAGUAUCCGAUCUGAAAACCAUAAAUGUGUCAGCUUAUUAUCCCAUAAAACACCACGAAGCGUGGGUGGUGAUAGAAAAAGGACCCCGACCUUCAUUCAUCCUCAACGCUUGGGCCAAUUGCGGGGAAGCGGCUUGUCACCUUGAAGCGUAGGAGAGACACGGAAAUACGUCAUUCCUCAUUUUAAUGCUCGUUAUGCGUGACCUGCUUGCUAUCGGAAGCUGACGGUGAUCCCUCGGUGUUCCGACGGGGAUAUCGAGGCGUGUAGAGAAUUGUUGCUAUGGUUGGUUAGGAGCGGACUGUUUCAAAGACUGUGCUUGUGUACGGAGGCGCAUUUGAGACAGGAGGUAUGAAUAAGAUUGCGUUUAUAGCGAGGCUGCACCAGGAGAGAGGUUAAACAGCAUCGCCAAGACGGCACACAAGAUGCUCAUGCUGAUCACUUUUAUUCUACCUGCCCAGAGGUCCAAGCAUACUGCGCUAUAGAUCUCGUGACCAG